CCGCGGCGCAGGGAGCCGGGCCGGUGCCAGGGCUGCCGCCCGGCCGGGCCGCAGCCCCCGCCGCCAUGGCCCGCGUCUCGGCGCUGCUCAGCCCCGUCCUGGUGCUCUUCGGCUGCGACCUCUGCCUCGUGCGAGCCAACAGGCCACCGUCCCCUGUCAACGUGACUGUGACACAGCUGAAGGCAAACUCUGCCACAGUCUCCUGGGACGUCCCAGAAGGAGAUGUGGUCAUUGGCUAUGCCAUCCUACAGCAGCGGCAGGACGGGCAGAUGCAGCGCUUCAUCCGGGAGGUGAACACCACCAACAGAGCCUGCGUGCUGUGGGACCUGGCAGAGGACGCCGACUACAUCAUCCAGGUGCAGAGCAUCGGCCUGUACGGGGAGAGCCAGGCCAGCAAGCGUGUCCACUUCCGCACCCUGAAGGAGACUGACCGCCUGCCUUCCAACAGCUCCAACCAAGGUGACAUCACCAUGAAAGGGCUGGACAAAGACCGGCAGCUGCAGACAGGAGAGAUUAUCAUCAUCGUGGCUGUGCUGCUCAUGUGGGCAGCGGUGAUUGCCCUGUUCUGCAGACAGUAUGACAUCAUCAAGGAUAAUGACUCCAACAACAACAAGGAGAAGACAAAGCCAUCCUCAGAGCACAGCACACCAGAGCGACCGAGCGGAGGGCUGCUGCGGAGCAAGAAGAAAUCUCCCUCAGUCAAUAUCAUCGAGGUGUAAGUGCAGCACCAGCUCUGCGUCUGGGGUCCUGAGUGUCCUGCUAGAGCCAAAGCGGGCCUUGGAAGAAGAGGCAGCACCAGGCGCCCGGCCUGGAACUCAGCAUGCGAUGAUCCACGUAUCAGAACUCCCACUUUCCCGAGGGCAGCUGUCCGGGGAUGUGCCUGGAGCUGGCUCCCAGCCGUGCAUGCAGAACGUGGCCCUGCCCAUCCCGCGCUGGCCCCGCUCCCUCGCUGCUGCGGAGCUCAGAGCUGAGGGCGGGUGGGGGGCUACACCCCCGGCUGGGGGGGGGCUGAGGGGAGCCGAGGGGGCACUGCACUGGCCUGAGGGGUGGCCACGUCCCUGGGCACCAGCUUGGCCAAAGCCCUGGGUGCAGCCGUGGCACUGGACGCCUGCCUGGUGUCAGCCCGGGACAGACCUUGCUCUCAGCUGCCUGUCUGGGCUUGGGGGCUGCCUGUGGAGGACGGGAGCUGCUCCCCUCUGGGCCCUGAGGCUGAGGGGAUGGGGCAGUGCAGGCAUUGCCCCAGUGCUGCCAGGGGAGCUGUGGCCAGGUGGCAGGAGUGUUUGUCUGUGGGGCUGGGCCCAGCCAGCACAGGGGAAGAAGAGUGGAUUGCUGCUGGAGAACAGGGCUCCACUGCACCCUGUCAUGGCCACACAGGGACUUUGAGACCUCUCUUUCCUACAGAGGACAAAGACACAAAUGAGGAUGAGAAGUGAGUGCUGGCACAGUGCCUGGCCAGCCCACAGAGCCUGCAGCCAGGGCAGGGAUUGCUAGUGGGAGCCCCACAGAGCUGGGAGAGUGGGCAGUGCCAGGGCAUGGCUGUGGCUGCACCGUGUCCCUAGAGGGGCUCAGUGCUGGCACAUUCAGGCUGUUUGUGGGGAGCACAAUGCCUGUGCUGCCUGGAGGAGGCAAUGUGGUGAGGCCUGCAAGGUCUCAGUUGGAGGGAACAGGAUGAUACAAGGAGGCUCUGCUGCCCUGGCUGCUGCUCUCCCUCCAUGCUCUGCUCUGCAGCCUGGACUCAAGCAUCACAGGAUCCAGCGUCUUCCAGGAAUAAACCUCCCAAUAAAAGCACUUUCAGGACUCUUCCUUCCAGGUGCUGCUCAGCUCCUGCUGCAGGACUAGGUGGGGAAGGGAUGGGAUAAGCGACUCCUGCGGCAGGGUCUUUUCAAUAAAAGCAUCCUGGCUCAAAGGCA